AAAGCAAACACCGCACCACUCACUUCUCCCCCCAAAUCAAUGGCACUCGAGGCGCAGCCCUCCCCGUCGCCGUCGCCCCGCCGCUCGCCGGAGGCGGCGGCGGGCGGCGCGGGCGCGGCGGGGGAUCCGCCGGUGACGCCGAUGCACAGCGCGGCGGGCGACGAGUGGGCGGCCGAGGAGAAGAGGCCCCCCACCCCGCCGCAGUCCUCCUCCGCCUCUCCCCCGCACUCCGCGGCCAUCGUCGUCUCCUCCCAGACGCACGCGGCGGCCGCCAAGUACGUGCCCCCGAGCGCCGCGGGCCACGUCGGCGGCGGGGAUGGCCGCUCAUGGUACUCGUGGAACGGCGGCCGCACCGCCAAACCGUAUCGCCCCCCGCCGCCGCCGAGGAAGAAGCCGCAAUUCCAGCCACCCCCGCAGCCGCCGCGGGCAUGGGAUCCAUCCCCGCCUCCUCCUCCUCCAGCGCCAGCGGCGCCUGUGCUGGUGCCUCCGCCUGCUCCCGCACCGAGGCCGGCUCCGGCUCCGGCACCGAGAGUGCCGGCUAGGGCGGUCGAGCACGACCACCGGGUGGUGCCCGACAUCCUGUUGCGCAAGCGGCGCACGGCUGUUCUGCAGCGCACCGCGCUGGUGGCGCGGGUUGCGGCCGCGCUGCUCUGCCUCGCGGCGCUCGCGGUGCUCGCCGCCGACAGCCGCAAGGGUUUCGCCCUUGACUCCUACAGCAACUACAGCCAGUUGCGGUACUCUGAGGCGGUGAACGUGAUUGGGUUCGUGUACUCGGUGCUCCAGUUCUUUGUGCUCGCAGAUCUCAUGAGGAGGAACAAGCAUUUGAAUCCGCGGCGCAAAGGAGAUUACUUCGACUUCUUCAUGGAUCAGGUGCUGGCAUACCUUCUGAUAUCUUCGUCGUCAUCAGCAACUGCACGAGUAGGCGAUUGGAUCGACAACUGGGGAAGCGACCCUUUCCCGAAGAUGGCGAACAGCUCCAUCGCCAUUUCAUUCAUGGCAUUCUUGGUUUUUGCUAUCAGUGCCCUCAUCUCUGCUUACAAUCUCUUCCGGCGAGAUAUUUAGCUGCUCUUAGCAGCAACCAGCAUGUUACCUUUUUCCUAUCUUAGACUAAGUUUUUCGGUGCAGCCAUUCUUGUGUUGCACAUGUAUAUGUAAUCAUGGGCCAACCAUUGGAGUUCAGUCUUCAGAGAAAAAAAAGGAACAACUUCUAGGUUAUAUCCAAUAUAUAUUGGCUUGUUGCACGUUUCUGUGAUGAACAACUUCUAGGUUAUAAAAAGAACAACUUAAUGCUUUUGGGCU